GUUGGCAUCGACUACUACCAUUUGACAUGGCAAUCAAACUUAUUACCCUCUUGGCUGUUGGCCUGGCCCUGUUCGCCGUCAUCGAUGCUCGUCACGUGGCUGGACAUCGCCAUCAUCAGCAGCGCGGCCUGAUUGCCAAGCCGCAUAGCGCGCAGACUCGCGUCUUUCCGGGCGCCGUCGCCAUCAAGAAGCUGGUGCUGCUCAAGUUCAAGAAGAUCGUCCCCAUCUCCUUGAUCCUGCUGAAGUCGAGCAAUGACAACGAAGCCGAGCUGGUGCCCGUCUACCCAACCGAUCAGAUUCCCGAGAACGUUCAGUUCAUUCCCACGCCCAAUGGCAUCUCCGGCCACAAGGAUGUCCAGGCCAUUGCCAUACCCAGCGAACUGCACGAGCAGCUCCAGAUCAACGGUCUCUCCAACGUGGAGAACAUCGAGGCUCUGCUCCAGGGUAGCUCCAUCAUUGGCGACAACAUCCAGUCCGAGGACGGUGCUAGCCCAGUGGGCAACACCAUCGCCGUCGCCCAGCCCGAGGAUGUGCCACUGCAGCAGGACGACAACGACGACACCCAGGUGCUAGAGGGCGCCAUUGUGCCAGCUGCUGCAGAUACCAGCGCCUCGGCUCCAGGUCCCAGCACACGCCGUCUCUCCAGCAACGAGCUGCUGCGCUCCGGCGUACGCAACUCCGCCCAGCUGCAGAAGACUAGCGUCGAAGAGAUUCCCCUGCUGCUCUACUCGGCCACAGAUGGCAGUGCACCCGGCCAGGAGGUCUUCGGCGAGCGUCGCUUUGUCGCCGCCGCCCCGGCACGUCGCCGCCAUCAGCAGUUCUACAACUAAGACGUUCGACGACGUUCGAUGGCCCCUCGAUGGCACCUAUUUAUUACCGCAGCUACCCCGACCCUAGCCUAGCCUAGCCAAACCUAUCCACUAUCUGUAACUUUUCUUCUA